CGCGGCUUCCUGGUUUCGCAUCCGUGUGAACAUGCAGGUGUGAACACAACGUGGCCGGGACUGGGAAAAGGGGGACCUGCCGUAAUCAGCAAAGCCCGUUCGCAUGUGUUGAAAACUUUCAGUUCGCAAGGCGGCGUGACAGAGGAGGGGGCGGUCACAGCGGGAGAGGCCGGCCGAGAGAUAAGAGGGAUUCGAUCGGGAGAGGAGUGAGGAGCAGCUGCGUGGGGAGGUGACGGGCACAGGCAAGGGGCCACGGCCAGCUCAUUCCGUUCAAAAGCUAGCAACCCAACGCUAGUUAGUCUUUACAAUGAGAUUGAAAGUAGGAUUCAUCCUUCGCAGUUUAUUAGUGAUCGGAACCUUUUUAGGUCUGGUGGUGCUCUGGUCUUCCCUUUCUCCAAAACCAAACGAUGAUAACCCAUUCGCUAAACUGGACGGAAGGGAUGGAGCUAACCUGUUACCCAACGCCAAGAGCAACAUCUUGGACCAGAUCAAGCCGGUUGUUCCCUGGCCCCGCGUGGAAGGCGUGGAGGUGGACCUGGACUCCAUCCGGCAGAAGAACGAGGACAAGGGUUUGGAUAAGCACCCGAGGGGCAGGGUGCAGAACCAGCAGAACAUCAUGCAGAAGCAGUAUGUCACCUUCAAGCCGCACACCAACGCGUACACGGACCCCGUGCUGAAACGUGGGGUACUGGGCAACUUCGAGCCGAAGGAGCCGGAGCCCCAGGGCAUCCCCGAUGGACCGGGGGAGGGCGCCAAGCCCUUCGUCCUGGGCUCCGAAUACAAGGAGGCCGUCCAGGCCAGCAUCAAAGAGUUCGGCUUCAACAUGGUGGCCAGCGACAUGAUCUCCCUGGACCGCACCAUAAGCGACAUACGGCAUGAAGAGUGCAAGUACUGGCACUACGAUGAGAACCUGCUCACCGCCAGCGUGGUCAUCGUCUUCCACAACGAGGGCUGGUCCACUCUGAUGAGGACGGUGCACAGCGUCAUCAAGAGGACCCCCAGGAGAUACCUGGCGGAGAUCGUCAUGAUCGACGACUUCAGCAACAAAGUGCACCUGAGAGAGCGGCUGGAGGAGUACAUCAAGCAGUGGAAUGGCCUGGUCAAGGUGUUCCGCAACGAGAGGAGAGAGGGCCUCAUACAAGCCCGCAGCAUCGGUGCCCGCAAAGCCACGGUGGGCCAGGUUCUGAUCUACCUGGAUGCUCACUGUGAAGUAGGGGUGAAUUGGUACGCCCCACUGGUCGCCCCCAUAUCCAAGGACAGAACGCUGUGCACGGUCCCGCUGAUCGACUCCAUUCACGGUGAACGGUUCGUCUUUGAGCCACAGGGGGGAGGGGAUGAGGACGGCUUGGCCAGAGGAGCCUGGGAUUGGAGCAUGCUAUGGAAACGCCUCCCUCUGACUAGCAGGGAGAAGCAGAGGAGAUUAACUAGAACUGAGCCCUAUCGAUCUCCUGCUAUGGCCGGAGGGCUUUUCGCGAUCGAACGCGAUUUCUUCUUUGAGCUGGGGCUGUAUGAUCCUGGCCUGCAGAUCUGGGGCGGAGAAAAUUUCGAGAUAUCCUACAAGAUCUGGCAGUGUGGCGGUCAGCUGCUGUUUGUGCCCUGCUCCCGCAUCGGCCACAUAUACCGGCUGCAGGGCUGGCAAGGAAACCCGCCCCCUGCCCAUGUGGGCUCCUCCCCCACACUGAAGAACUACGUCCGCGUGGUGGAGGUUUGGUGGGACGACUACAAGGACUACUUCUACGCCAGUCGCCCAGAGACGAAGGCGUUGGCCUACGGAGACAUCAGCGAGCUGAAGAAGUUCAGAGAGGAGCACCGCUGCAAGAGCUUCAAGUGGUUCAUGGAGGAGAUCGCCUAUGACAUCCCCUCGCACUACCCGCUGCCCCCCAAGAACCUGGAGUGGGGAGAGAUUCGAGGGUACGAGACCAGCUACUGCAUAGACAGCAUGGGUCACACCAACGGAGGCAACGUGGAGAUCGGACCCUGUCACAGGAUGGGCGGAAACCAGCUUUUCAGAAUAAAUGAAGCCAACCAGCUCAUGCAGUAUGACCAGUGCCUGACCAAAGGAACAGACGGCUCGGCGGUCAUUGUGACUCACUGCAAUCUGAACGAGUACACGGAGUGGAAGUACUUCAAGGAUAUCCACAGAUUCACCCACGUUCCCACGGGGAAGUGUCUGGAUCGGUCUGACGUCCUGCACAAAGUCUUCAUCGCCGACUGCGAUAAGACCAAGAGCACUCAAAGGUGGGAGAUGAACAACAUCGUGGCCGUUUAGCGCUGCGGCCCACGGAACCUGAGGGACCACACCGAGCGGACUGAACAGCAGCUCCCCGUGCUUUGUGAAGUGUAAGUAUUGAAACGGAGAACGCUCAUUCGUCCACGUCCCAAAAAACACUUCCGCUAAUUAUCGACUCCUUCAUCUCGGAUGUUUACACUUUUUCUUCAGUUCCAUUCGUUUGAUGGUACUCCAGUGGGAUUUUGCUCAGGGGUCUUAAAAGCAUGUCACUUUUAUAGCUGCAAAAAUGAUGGUCAAGGGUGGAAGGUGUGGUGGUCUGUACAGUUUUUAAGAUAUUAGAAACUCCAAACACUCCCUUUCAUUAUGGGUUUUUUUUUUUU